ACAGCUGGAGAUUAGUGCGUAAUAAAACACUUUAUAAUAGUCGUGCUGUAGUAGUUGAAAGCAAAGCAUCAAGACUAAUAAAUUUAAAAAAAAACGAUAACGAUGGAAAACUGGAACCAUUUAAUUAUCGGGAUCAGUGUAAUUUUCGGCUGUCUUAUAACUGAAGGAAAAACAGCAGCAGUAGAAGUACAAGAAAAGUUGGAGCUUCACAGCAGAUGUGAACCCAUAAAAAUUAAUUUAUGCUCACGUUUGCCGUACAAUCAAACAGUAAUUCCAAAUUCAUUCAAUCAUCAAAAUCAAGAUGAUGCUGGUCUGGAAAUAAAUCAGUUCGCACCUUUGGUAAAAGUCAACUGCAGUCCUGAUUUGCGUGCUUUCUUGUGCGCGAUGUACGUACCAGUUUGUACUGUUUUAGAAAAACCAUUACCGCCUUGUCGGUCCAUUUGCGAACGUGCUAAAGCUGGAUGUGAAAGGAUAAUGAUAAGCUUUGGGUUCCAUUGGCCAUCGGAUUUGGAGUGCUCAAAACUUCCAGUAUACGGUGAUCCUGAUAAUUUGUGUGUUGAAUUCGCAGUAAAUUCAGAAUCCAGUACAAAUAAAUCACCAAGUCAUGACUUGAUCAAUGGGACGAAGGAAGUGAGCUCAUAAGCUUACAGGAACCUUUUAAAGUUUCCAGGUUUAUGGGUUUAUUCAAAAACAAUAUGGUUUAUGACUCGGAACUCUAUGAACGUGACAAAAUAACAAAUUCUUCCAUAGUAAUUUACUGUAACAAUUAAAAUAAUUGUAUUGGCAUUAUAACAAAAUUUAUAAAAAAUUUUUUCUGUGAUUAUAACAACUGUAUUGUAAAUUGUGAGAAUAGCUUUUAUGCAAUAAUAAGACCUUGUCAAUCAAUCCGUUCUGUUUCCGUAUUGUGAAAUGAAAAAUUUAAUGAAUUUGUGUGUCAAUUCGUCCAAAUUAUUAACAAUAUCGGAAAUUAAUAAUUUAAUUACUGUAUGUUUUGUCAUAAAAAAUGAUACUGAGGAGGAACCUGAAACAUUUUUUGUAAUAAGACCUGUAAAUACGUGUGAAAUUGAAUGAUGUUCUAAUAAAAUUUUUCAUAC